AUGUCCGCACGAAGACAGAUCGACCUCGACAGCGACAGAGCAACCGUGCUUCUUUUGAUCAAUGCGCAGCUCAUCAAAAAAGCCUACACGGUUUACGUCAACAUUCUCAGUAAUCAGCAGGCGCUUCAACAAUUGCUGCCUCAGAGCCGCCAGGAGUUGUUGGAACAGUACAACAACUGGAACCGCCGACUACAGUGCAACUUGAGCGUUUUGGCGUACAUCAGCGACCUGUACCACAACAAGGCGGCGGCCCAACAGCCCAACCGCCUCCAAUUCCCGGUGAUUUUGUCUGCUCCGGCAGACACGCCCGAGCUCAAGGCCUUGUACAAGCGGCUCCAGGACCUUUAUCCCGAGGCGAUCCAGUUUUUGAAAAUGAAGAUCCAGCAGAUGCGCCAGGGCGACAAGCCAAUGCAGAGUCCGGGCCAGCAAAGCCAGCUCAGCCAACAAAACCAGCUCCAGCAGGGUCAGCAAAGCCAGCUCAGCCAACAAAGCCAACUUGGCCAGCAAAGCCAACUCGGCCAGCAAAGCCAACUCGGCCAGCAAAGCCAACUCGGCCAGCACAGCCAACUCAGCCAGCAAAACCUCCAGCAGAACCAACUCGGCCAGCCAAGCCAGCUUCAGCAGAGCCAAAACCUGCACCUCCAAAACCUGCUGCUUCAGAAUCUGCUUGGUCUGGGACCAGGCCAGAUCCAGCCGAACCAAAGCCAAAGUCAACUGAACCAGCCCACUCAGCCAAACCACCCGUCCCAAGCGAACCAGCGCCAGCAGCUUCAGUCGCGCCAGUUCUACAACAUGGGCCAGUCUCCGCAGUACUCGUCGCCUAUGGGAAUGCAAAGACGUGCGCCUGCGCCAGCCAUGUCGCAGACACAGCAGCCUAGCAUGGACCUGUUCAACCCCAGCGCAGGACAGAUGUUGGGCAAGGAACCGGACAUGCUGAUGUUCGCAGACUCGGGCGGCUUGAACGGGCUAGGCGAGCCCAUGUCUAUUCUGCCGCAGCAGAUUCUCCAGCAACAACAACAGCAACAGCAGCAGCAACAGCAACAGCAGCAGCUGCCGCACAACGACUUCUCCAUGGACUUUUUUUAA